CAGACCCGUUUUAUUCUGACCUGGAGCCUCCCGGAGCUCAUUCCUGCCUCACAUCCUGCUAACGCGGACUUCCUCCCAGAGCAACAGGAGCUGUCUGCUCCCAGCAGCUGUGGUUCUUCCUGCCCUGUGUCAGGUCAAAAUGUUGUGUGUUAGAGGGCUCCAGAGGCUGAAGGCUGCCUUAUAUCUACACAGGAGCAGCACACACAGGAGCCUGACGUCAGCCGCAGCCCUGCAGAAAGAUGACGCUCCGAUGAAAGCAGAGACUCCGUCCAAGGAGCCUCGGAGGGGCUGCGUGCUGUGCAGCGUCACUGUGGACUUUAAAAACGUCCAGCUGCUAUCCCAGUUCAUCUCGCCUCACACGGGCAGGAUCUACGGCCGGCACAUCACAGGGUUGUGUGGCAGAAAGCAGAAGGAGAUCUCCAAAGCCAUAAAGAAGGCUCACUCACUGGGUUUCAUGCCGGUGACCCAUAAGCACCCUCAGUUCAUGACUGAUCCCCGGAUCUGUGGCAUCAAACAUCUGGAUUAGAGGAUCGCUGUGUGCAUCCUGCUCUCACUGUGUACAGUUUCCGUUUUUUCUUCAAGCAGGCUUUAGAACUCUACUUUGUAUUAAACUUGAAAUCUUCCAACAUCUCA